UAUCCGAAGCGUUGAUCGGCCGCCACCGUCCGAUCCCUUUCGUCUCCAAUAUAAUUUUGUCGUCGAUCGGGUCAACCAUUGCAGACGCCCGCGCAGUUCAGGUGUACUGUAUCCCCGGCCGCCCAGCUAGCAUCAUCAGAUCAACUAACUUAUUACCGCAGGUCUGAUCGUAUAUAUAGGCGGCUGCGGCGACAUGAGGAACAAGAUCCAAGCUCAUCUCCGAUCCAUGGCGGCCUCCAUCCUCUGCGCGGCGGCCCUUGUCGCCAUGGCUGCGGUGGCUGCCGGCGCCGUCGUCGAGCACACCUUUGUUGUGAGCGAGGUGAAGAUGGCGCACCUGUGCAGCGAGACGCUGGUCACCGUGGCCAACGGCCAGCUCCCUGGGCCGGCGGUCGAGGUCACCGAGGGAGACGCCGUCGCCGUCCAUGUCGUCAACAAGUCGCCCCACAACAUCACCAUCCAUUGGCACGGACUGAAGCAGCGGCUCAACUGCUGGGCGGAUGGGGUGCCGUCGGUGACGCAGUGCCCCAUCCGGCCGGGCCGCAGCUUCACCUACCACCUCAACGUCAGCGGGCAGGAAGGCACCCUGUGGUGGCACGCUCACGUCUCCUGCCUCCGGGCGAGCCUGCACGGCGCCUUGGUCAUCCGGCCGCGGCACGCCUACCCGUUCCCCAAGCCUGACAAGGAGAUCCCCAUCGUUAUAGGUGAGUGGUGGAACCUGAACCUCGCGCAGUUGGCCAAGAACAUGGAGGAUGGGUACUACGACGACAGCUCCAACGCGACCACGAUCAAUGGCAAGCUCGGAGAUCUCUACAACUGCUCCGGUGUCGUGGAAGAUGGCUUGGUGCUGGACGUGGAGCCCGGCAAGACCUACCUGCUGCGGCUAGUCAACGCCGCGCUCUACUCCGAGUACUACGUCAAGAUCGCUGGGCACAGGUUCACGGUGGUCGGCGCCGACGCCAACUACGUCCGCCCCUUCACCACGGACGUCGUGGCCAUCGGGCCCGGUGAGACGGUGGACGCGCUGGUGGUCGCCGACGCGGCGCCCGGCCGGUACUACAUGGUCGCCGUCGGCGGCCAGGCGCCCAAGCCUGACAUCCAGAUCCCCGAGACCCGCUCCAGAGCGACGGUGCGGUACACGAGCAGCGGCGGCGAAGCACCGCCGGUGGAGCCGGAGAUGCCUGACCAGCACGACUACAUGGUCUCCUUCAACUUCCACGGCAACAUGCGCAGCCUGCGCCACCCGCGUCUCCCGCCGGUGCCGGCGCGCCCCGACGAGAGCCUCUUCGUCGCGCUUCGCAUGGGCUCCAUCUGCCGGCGAGGCCGGUCGUCGUGCAAGAGGAGCGGGAGCAAGGAGUCCGUCAUCGUGGAGACCAUGAACAACGUCUCCUUCCAGCUCCCCGCCGCGUCGGCCGCUACGCCGCUGCUGGAGGCGCACUACCACCACCACCACCGCAAUAACGGGACGACGGCGACGGCCGGCGGUCUGGACCAGCUGUACACGCUGCCAGACCGGCCGGCGAGGCCGUUCAACUUCACCGACCGCGCCCUGAUCCCGUGGGGGCCCAACGAGGCGUGGCUGGAGCCAACGGAGAAGGCGGCGGUGGCGCGGCGGUUCCGGCACGGCGCGGUGGUGGACAUCGUGUUCCAGAACUCGGCGGUGAUGGACACCGACAACCACCCGAUGCACCUGCACGGGCACGACAUGUUUGCGCUCGCGCAGGGGCACGACAACUUCGACGCCGGGAGAGACGCGGCGAAGUACAACCUGGUGGAUCCGCCGCUCAAGAACACGGUGCUCGUCCCCAGGCUUGGGUGGGCAGCCGUCCGGUUCGUCGCCGACAAUCCAGGGGUGUGGUACAUGCAUUGCCACUACGAGCUGCAUGUGUCUAUUGGCAUGGCUGCCGUGUUCAUCAUAGAGGAUGGGCCCACGGUGGACUCAGCGCUUCCACCACCGCCUGUGGAUUUUCCAAAGUGCGAUCAAUAGUCUAGGGUAAUAUCAGGGGCGAAGCUAGAGCUAAAUCGGGGGAAGCUCUUUGAUUUAUAAGGUGAAAAUUUGAUAGUUAACACUGAGUUUUCGUUUCGGCGUGGGUGCCCGGGCACCCACCCGCCCCUGGGUAAUAUGGAUAUUGUGAUGUCUCAGCAUGUGCACUUAUAUUAUUAUGUUGAAAAGAGGUUAGUCCUUUUUUCAUAUCGUUGAUAACUUGUACCAGAGGUGCGUGAUGUGGUCAGGCACACUGCAGGGCUGCAACUGUUUCAAACAUGCAUGUAACCAGCAGUUCAAGUACUUUUUGGCCCAUGAUCGUGUUGAAUCCCGUUACAGUUACAUGUCAGCCGACUACCCAGAAAGUGAUGCGAAAAUGAAACAGCACAUAAUUACAGACAGCGCGCCUACAUUGACUUGUAGUCAAAGCGUAUCAAGGGUUGGAUUUG